UCUAUUACCUUCCCUCCUCCGACUUUCCAAACUUCCAUUUUCAACGCCUACUGCUCUCGUCGUCGUCUUCUUCUUCUUCUUCUCAGGGGUCUGAGUUUCAGAGCUAAGCUCCACAAAGUUCCAUUUAAUGCUUGCGCAUUCUCUGAUCAACGUCUUCCUUCAAGAUUAACUUCGGGAUGGGACACUUGUGUAGCAAGAGUGUUUCCGAUGUCAACCAUGAUACUGGAAUUUCCGGCGGCAGCCAUACGAGAUCUUCGCAUUCCGGUGCUUCUCCGAUCGCUUAUGGAGAUGUUUAUUCAAGACCUGAAGAAUUCAGGCAGUCCUACUCAGUGUCAGCGACGGGGAGUCCAUUUUCCAGUCCUCUACCUGCUGGAAUAGCGCCGUCACCAGCUAGAACUCCGGGGAGGAAAUUCCGAUGGCCUCUGCCGCCUCCUUCCCCGGCUAAGCCGAUCAUGGCUAUUCUACGGCGGAAAUCGCGUAAGGCUUCGAUACCAGAGGAAAACCGAAUUGGGGAAGAGGGAGUGGGAGAGAUUCAGUUGGAUAAAAGCUUUGGAUACUCGAAGAACUUUGGUGCGAAGUUCGAGCUCGGGAAGGAGAUUGGGAGGGGCCAUUUUGGACAUACUUUUUGGGCCAGAGGUAAAAAGGGCGACCUCAAAGGAAAGCCCGUCGCCGUCAAAAUCAUCUCCAAAUCUAAGAUGACUUCAGCAGUUGGAAUUGAAGAUGUUCGUAGGGAGGUUAAGAUAUUGAAAGCAUUGUCUGGGCACAAGAAUCUGGUCCAAUUCCAUGAUGCAUUUGAAGACGCCAAUAAUAUCUACAUGGUUAUGGAAUUGUGUGAAGGAGGAGAACUGCUGGAAAGAAUAGUGUCAAGAGGAGGAAGAUAUCCUGAACAAGAAUCCAAAACUAUUCUUGUGCAGAUCCUUAAUGUUGUUGCAUUUUUUCAUCUACAAGGAGUAGUCCACCGUGACUUAAAGCCAGAGAACUUUCUUUUUGUGAAAAAAGAUGAGAACACAGGGCUCAAAGUCAUUGAUUUUGGUCUAUCUGAUUUUGUCAAGCCAGAUGAACAUCUGAAUGAUGUCGUUGGUAGUGCAUACUAUGUUGCACCUGAAGUUCUCUACCGAUCUUAUAGCCAUGAAGCAGACGUGUGGAGCAUUGGUGUCAUAGCAUAUAUCUUGUUGUGUGGAGGCAGACCUUUCUGGGCAAGAACUGAAUCAGGAAUCUUUCGUUCCGUGCUAAGAGCCGACCCUAACUUCGACGAUUCCCCUUGGCCUACCAUCUCUGCAGAAGCUAAAGAUUUUGUCAAACGGCUCCUGAAUAAAGACCAUAGAAAAAGAAUGACAGCAGUCCAAGCUUUAACGCACCCGUGGUUACGAGAUGAAAACGUUGCUGUGCCUUUGGAUAGUUUCAUAUACAAGUCAGUUAAAGCAUAUCUUCGUGUAACCCCAUUCAAACGUGCAGCAUUGAAGGCACUUGCAAAAGCUUUGACAGAAGAUGAACUUUUCUACCUCAGGGCCCAAUUUAAGCUCUUGGAACCGCAAAAUGGAUUUGUGACCCUUGAUAACUUCAAAGAGGCUCUUGUGAGAAACGCUACUGAUGCAAUGAGAGAGUCGAAUGUUCUUGACAUUCUAAAGAUGACGGAAUCUAUAGCUUAUGAGAGAAUGGACUUUGAGGAGUUCUGCGCAGCUGCAAUCAGUGUAUAUCAGCUGGAGGCUGUUGCAGGAUGGGAAGGCAUCGCCACCCGAGCUUUCGAGUAUUUUGAGCAGGACGGGAAUCGAGUCAUCUCAGUUCAUGAAUUGGUGCAGGAAAUGAAUCUAAGUCCUGCAGCUCAUUCAUUUCUCCAGAACUGGACAAGAAGUUCUGAUGGGAAACUCAGUUUUUUUGGAUACACAAGAUUUUUGCAUGGUGUUACAGUCCGCAACUCUAAUACAAGACAUUAAUAGCUAAAAUACCUAUACACUUCAUUUUUACCUCUUUGUAUUCUCAAUUUGAUUCCCUGCAGCUUCUGAACACAGUGAAAGAAUGGCCAUGCCAACAAAAGAAACGAGGCUGCAAUAUAUAUUGUAUGUUCCCAACCGCUCAGUUCUUUCCUUGUAAUCUUCCAUCUUGUAAAAACAACCCAGAAAGCAGAAUACAGAUAUUGAUAUGGCAUGAUUUUCUUGUU